UAUAAUGAAAAAGGAAACUCAUGGUGUAAAAUUCCAGAUAAGAUUACACUGCUGGUCAAAUCAGCUGUUUGUCCCCUGCUUUUGACUCUGACUCACACACGUGCACACAGGCGCUUACAAAACAGCUGACGAAACUUUGACCUGCAUGUUUUUUUAAUUUUCACAACAUCAGGACACUGAGGAGAAAGCAGGUUACAAAGGUCUUUCCAGGUUGUGUGCGCAGUUGUCACACAUAACCUCACCCUGGAAUUUAAUACACCAAGACACAUGUCCUGUCAAUAUUUUACUCAACAUACUCUUUAAUCCUCUGUUGUCCUUGUAUUCUCUGACUCUUUCUUUUCUCUGUCACUUAUUGUCCAUGUUUGACCCUUGCACCCUGUAAGCCGGCACAUACUCUCUCAUGUUGCUUUUGCUGUGUGAGUGAUAUCACCACCACUGCAUGUGACAUGGAAAGAGUGCCAAAGCUGUUACUUGAGUUUAAUCUGAGGAGCUGGCCUGACCAGAAGAAGAAGCCUGAUGGCUUCAGUUUGACCACUACAGAUAUCUGAGUGUAGCAGAAACCAGUGCAGAUUAACAUGGACUCUGCAGUGAAGGUUCGAAAGGAGAGAGUAGCUGCGGCACCACCAGCAGCCCCCGACGGUGGCUAUGCCUGGUUCGUCUUACUCUCCUGCUUCUUAGUCUUUGGUCUGACCUUUGGGGUCAUUAAGGCCUUUGGUGUAUUCUAUGUUGAGAUACACCAAUACUUUGAAACCACAGCAACAGGAACAUCAUGGAUCACCUCUAUUGCUGUGGCUACCAUUCACGUCAUAGCUCCUGUAGCGUCUGCUCUUAGUGCUCGCUACAGCCAUCGUUCUGUGGUGAUGAUGGGUGGACUGAUUUGCAGCUUAGGAGUCGUGAUUGGGGCUUUUUCUCGUAAUGUGAUUGACCUCUACCUAACAGUGGGGUUCCUAAAUGGUUUUGGUUAUGCAUUAACCUGGACCCCCACAGUGACCAUGCUGGGUUUGUACUUUGAGAAAAGGCGUCCGAUGGCCAACGCCUUAGCCAGCGCUGGAGAGUGCAUCCUUACUUUUGUCCUAACACCCCUGUUCCAGCUGUUGAUUGACAGUUACUCAUGGAGGGGUGCUUUACUGAUCCUGGGGGGUCUGCAGCUCAACCUGUGUGUGUGUGGGAUGCUGUUGAGGCCCCUAAAAGCCCCCAGAGACAUGACUUGUGUCAGUGAGGUCAAAGCAGAAGAGCAUGGCUUUUUGCAAGAACUGCUUUCAAACGAGGACUCAAGCAAACCAAACUGUCAAGAGACAGAGGAGCUGAGAAUAUGUGAGGGGUCUGAUCAGGGGACAGUCAUGGUAUGUCUUCAGGAUUCUGAAGAGACACCUAAUUCAGCUAAAGACUCAAACUGCAGCAGGGCUGAAUUAAGGACCACAAUCCUGCGCUACGUAGAUUAUACCCUCAUCACCAAUGCUCGAUUCAUGGUCUACUCAAUGUUUGGAGUGUUUGCUGCUCUGGGUUUCUUUGCUCCAGCUCUGUUCCUGGUUCCUUAUGCUCGCAGUAAGGGGAUUGAGGAGUACCAGGCUGCUGCACUAAUGUCCAUCUCUGCAGUGCUGGACCUAUUUGGAAGGGUGUUCUUUGGCUGGGUGGCAAACCUGAGACUGGUGGAGACGGUGCAACAGCUGACAGUUACAGUGAUUCUCCUGGGUACUGUGUUACUCCUCUGCCCGCUGGCCUCCUCGUUCGUAGAGUUAGCUGCUUUCAGUGCAGCUUACGGCCUGGUGUAUGGUGCCACAGUCUCCAUCCACAUCACUGUGCUGGCUGAGGUUGUGGGCAUCCACAGGCUCGGAAGUGCAUUGGGGUUUUUCAUGCUCAUACGCAGCAGUGGAGGCCUGCUUGGACCGCCCAUCGCUGGAUUCUUCAUUGAUAAGAUGAGCGACUACGGGACAGGUUUCCUCAUGGCAGGGGUGGCCCUCAUUGUCUCCGCCCUGUUCCUGCUCCUCCUCCAUCAGAUGAACCGCAGGGGUCAGGGGUCACACACCAAGGAUAGACAAAAUGUGACAAAAUGCAAUGAAGACAAAGAGCUGGGCACGACAUGAAACUGUUUCUGUUGCUGAUGGACGCUGAGUUGAAUCUCAAGAUCACAGUCAAAAAGUGGAACAUUUAUAGUAAAGAGCGAGGCAGUGUUUUUUUUCUGAUGGAGAAAUGAAGUGGAGUUCAGAGGUCUAAAGAAAUUGUCACAUGAAGAAUCAUCUGCUAGGCCUCGACGGGUGUCUGCCUGGAGGUGAUUAUGUGGAUGGUUUGGAGCUAGCAUCACACAGACCACAGACAGUGUGUGCUCUGUGUAUAGGAAAUGAUCCUUUAGAGACGGUUUGCACAGUACUAAAAUGAUCAGUUCUGCAGGUGCAUUAUAAGUCUGUGGGCAAUUUAAAAACACUUUGUUUGUUGACCAAACUGCAACCGAGAUACUUUGAAAGCACAAGAAACUUGGAGAAACAAGCAACUUUUUGAACCUUAUGAAAGAUUCAAGAAAGAAUCUUUCAUAAAAUAAGAGCAUACUUGUUUUAUCAAUGUUUUGUCAGUAGCUCUUGGUUGAAACAUAGUGACUGAAAUAUUUGCUAAAUGUGAUGCAUCAUUUUUCUUGAAACUUUGCCAGUUGAUAAUUGAAUUUCUAAUGCAUAUAUUUGGUCAACUGUGAAAAUGAAUGUUAUUCAUUUAAAACAUUUAAAUCAACAUGUUUAAAUACUUAAUGCUUUGCAAAGUCAAUACUGUUGUGUAAUCUUAAAGUAUUGUUUUUUUCUGAGACAAAAUGUUAAUAAUACGGGAAGGUCUUUUUUCAACAUGAAACAUAAGUUAAAGCCCUCCUCCCAACCCCACUUUUAUACAGUCCCUCAUGUGUUCAUAUUGAACACUGACCUCUGGAAUUCCUUAAACUGUAGAAACAUGCUACAAAUUCCUACAAAGGAAGCUGUAUUUUUAUGUCACACAGGUACAAAACUUGACAGAAAUGUGACAAUCAGAGAGUAUCAUGAAUUUUAACUGGAACAUGUGUUUUACAUGUUUUACAUAUGUUCUCCUUUAUUGCAUAAGUGCCAUGCAUGGAUGAAUACUAGGCUUCACAGUGAAAAUGUAACUAUGGCUCCCUCCAGUGAGAAGAUACUAAUGUUGCAUUUGCAACCUUUACAGCUGCAGGGCUGAGCUGAAAAAUGUGGAUAUAUGCAGAUAUCAUACCACUGGAAAGACUAGGGAAUUACAGUUAUAAACAAAACAGUCACAGUACAGUAAGUUGCAUCAGCUUUUUUGGAUCAGUGAUUAAAACCUAAGCAAAAUAUACAAAGCAUGCUCCUUUAAAUAUACAAGCCAAUUUUUAACAGCCUUUAAAAGUGACCUGACAUGUUCAAUUAGACUGUUGAAACCAUAAAAUAACUUCUAUAUGGUUCAGUGAAUUUAUUUCAAAGUUAUGUCCCAGUGCAGCCUGAAAACAAUAAGGGAAAAGCAUUUCAUCAUUUUCUUCCUCUGCUGCAGAAUGUUUGGUAUGUGCAACCAUCAAGAAAACUAGCUUUCAUAACCCCGAAGCAACAAGAGGCGCCAGAUAAACAUCUUCAACCUGGUGUAAUGCAAAUAUAACAAGUGUAAAUAAACAUGUCACUCUCUAUAAACCUGCAAUAACAAACUCUUAACUGAGAUUUACAAACAGUGGGCCACACUGAAAUUCCCCCCCUGCACUAAUAGACGCAAGAUACACAUACACCCACACACACACACCCAUACACACACCAAAGGAAAGAGACUGCAGAAAAAAAAAAAUUACCACAACAAGAGAGCUAGUCACAAAAUACCACAAGCCUUUGAUCUGCCAGACAGGAACAAAGACAUAAUCCAUGUUUCAUAGAAACUCUACAUGAAAACCAAACACACACUCACGCAUGCACUCACACACACACACACACACACACACUCACAGUAUGCAACGGUUGACUGCCAAGAGGGGGAGGCGGCCACCUAUUAUCAGGGAGAAGAAGACUGCCGGUUCAAAAUUAUCAUCGGAUUUCCAAUCCAGUGAACCCAACGUCUACUGUUACUUGAUAUGUGAGGAAGUUUGAUCUUUUAAUAGCAUAUCAGCCUGCCUGAAAUCCCUAAAGCCAUUAACUCUCUGUGCUGCAUAUGAAAGGAACAACAUGUCUAUGCAAUGAACAAAAGAAGAUAAUGUGGAGUUACACACCACUUUUUUUUUUUUUAUUAAU